GCGCAUGUUCCACAUUUACAAAAUUGAGUUGAAUGUGUCGCAGGUGGGUUCACCUUCUUCAUUAGACUCACUUUUGUUCGCACUAGCGGUCGAGACACAUUGAGGGCCAAAAUGGUCAGUGAUUGCUCGAGAGAUAUUUCAAUCUUUACAAUCGAGGAGAAAUCAAAAUCAAAGGACCAGAAGACCGAUUACGAGACAGCGAUAAGACUCUGUGGAUAUGGAAAAUUUCAUUAUGGUUUUAUUCUACUCUGUGGUAUGAUGUUCCUGAGUGUUGCACUCCAGAAUGGAGUCAACGCAUACAUACUCCCCUCGGCAGAAUGCGAUUUGAAUUUAUCUUCCGAGCAGAAGGGAUUUCUCAACGUCGCCUUCUUAAUCGGUGGAGUUCUGAGCUCGGUUUUCUGGGGAGUCUCGGCUGACGCAUACGGACGCAAGAAAAUUCUCGUGUGGACACUGUUAAUCGACAGCAUCGUGACAUUGAUAUCAAGUUUUUCCCAAACGUUUCACGUACUCGUUACCUUCAGAGCCAUCAACGGUUUUACAAUCGGCGCACCGGGUUCUUUAAUUUACACGUAUCUGGGGGAAUUUCACUCAUCCAAACAUCGGGUCAAGAGUAUUUGCUACGUUGGAUUCUUCUGGACACUAGCCUGGUUGAUACUUCCAGGUCUAGCAUGGAUCGUGAUUCCACUGAAGAUAAACCUCCAAUUCUACGGUCUCACCUACAACUCCUGGCAGCUCUUUCUCGCCCUGAUGGCCCUCCCAACCCUGAUGAUGGGUCUGAUCCUCAUCGGAUAUCCCGAGAGCCCAAAAUUUCUUCUCGCAAGGGGACAAAAUCGAGAGGCCCUGGAGAUCGUGAAAAACAUCUACGCUAUUAACACCGGAAAAAAUAAAUCUGACUACCCUGUGAUAGAACUAUGGGCAUCGCCCGAGGAAGCCGAAGCCAAAGCCAUCUGUUACGACGAUGAAUUGAGCCCGGACUCCUCCUCAACUCUAUUAGUAAUCAUGAGGCUAUUGAAGAACGCAUGGAUGCAAAUAAAAGCACUUUCUUCACCUCCUCUGUCUACGUAUGCAAUUCUCUGCUGGACAAUUUACUUUACAAACAUGUGUGGAUUUUAUGGAUUGGGUCUAUGGCUUCCUGAGCUAUUUAACCGAUUUGAGAAUUUCUAUCGAGUCCAUCCGAACAUAUCAUCGGUGAGGGUCUGCCAAUUGGUCUCACUCAACGAAACAGUGAACACAGAAGUGAGAAAUUGCGAUGAGAUAAUAAUCGAUGAAAAUGUCUUCAUCAAUACACUCAUCGUCAACGCAGUCUGUCUUCUGGGAAAUAUAAUGUCUGGAUUCCUCGCUGAUCGUGUGGGACGACGAACUCUCCCAGUUACCCUGACGGUAUGUGCUGGAAUAUCAGGACUAGCUAUAUAUUUCACAAAGACCUCCACCCAAAUUCUCCUAGUCUCCUGCAUCUACUCCCUAACAGUAUCAGCAGCCAAUUUCGUUAUCAGCAGUGUCACUGUGGACAUUUUUCCAACCUACGUUGGAGCAAUUGCAAUAUGCAUGAUGACAUGCUUCGGAAGAGUUGGUGCUAUCGCCAGUAAUUUAGCAUUUGGAAUGCUUCUUGACAUCAGUUGUGAAGUGCCAAUAAUUCUAGUCGCUGGAAUUGUCCUGUCUGGAGCUGCACUCACUCUGAUGCUACCCCCAGCUACAAAAACCUGAUUGCCCAGUGGAAUAGCUCAACAAAAGGGGAUUGACUAGGUCAACAUCCUCUAGAACACCAGUGAUUCAACGUGCUGAGAAAUUCACGAAGACGUUCUACUUAUUCCCUAAGAAAAUUUAUCAACUGUACCAGUGGGAUCUCUCCAAAACUACGAGAAGAAAAUCAAAUCAGACACAUGUUCACCCUAUCAUUCAUCUUCGAGAACAAUAAUGUUCAGUGGACACACGAGAAUAAUAUCAUUUCAUUAUUUAGAAUCAUCUGAGUACUUAUGGGUAAAUUAUCGUCCAUCAUCGAGGUUCACCACUUAAAUUGUUAACAUUCGUCAUUCUCAUUACUUCGAAUUUCAGUGUUAAUUCGUAUUUAUGACGUGAAACUAAUUAACUCAACGCACGUAAUAACAUUCGAUGAUAUAUAAAAGAUAUUUUUUU